AUGGGGCUGCCUGGCAUCGUCGGCCUUUCUGCCUUUGCGGUCCUCGGGGUCGCUGUGGCGCUAGGGCUGUGGCUGCGCCAGGAGGUUUUGCCACCGGAGAUCCAUGCUUUGGACGGCCGCUUUCGCUACGAAGGCCGUUGGCAGUCGGCCGGUCGCGCAAAGAUCGCGGACUGGCCCUGCACCGCAGUGCAUUUCAAUGUGGAGGCCGACCCCGGUGGCGGCAGCCUUGCGCUGGUUUUCCGAGCCCUGCGCACACGUCUGGCCGUCACGGUACAUGGUCCGGAUGGUUCCCGACAGUCCUGGGAUGUAUUCGGCCCCUGGACUCAGCUACCGUGGCUGCGGGAGCAGCGGGUGCCACUACGCGGAGGGAACUCCACCGUCACUUUCAGGAAGCUGAGCUCGCCGAGGCCUUUUGGAACCGGCUGGGGCGGCUGGCUAGAGCCGUCGGUCUGGGAGUUCCACGGCAUCCGUCCCAUCGGCUCCUCGCUGCGGCUGCAGCCGGCCCCGCGGCGACGGCGAAGAAGGAUCGAGCUGCUUGCAGAUGGGGUCGGACUGGGAGACUGCGUCGAGGGAUCUCCGGAUCUCAGCGUAGCCGCUUCCUUGGCCUUCUCUUGGCAACAUCAGAGUUGUGAGGCUUCUUUCAUCGGGCAUGUUGCGGAAGCCCUGGAUGCCGAGCUAGACGUCCAGGCUCUUUCUGGCAUCGGCAUCAUGCAGAACGCCCAGACGGAGGCAUACUUCUCUGGAAGAGAGACUAUGCUUUCUUAUUGGUCGCGCAGGCUGCAGAGUGACGACUCUACUCAUCAGCCUCAUCGACGCCCCGACCUGCUGAUCGUGAAUUUGGGGAGUAGCGACUUCCAACAACACGGUGGAAAGCAGCCGCACAAUGUCACCUUUCGCACCGUGUACAACAAGUUGCUACAUGCAGUCGUCUCCACUUACGGCGGCUUUCUGAGCAACUUGACCAUUGCUGCCGUUUGCGGAAUGGGAGCACCGAGCGAUGGUGAGAAGGAACGUGGCACAAGCCGCUGCACCGCCUGCCCGUACGUCCAGGAAGCCGUCGACUACUUCAAAGGGAGCUUGGACCUUCAUGCAGAUGCCUGGAAUGUCGAAGUUCACUACCUGGAGGUACCCUGUGACGGAACGGUUCUGCGGGCGGUGGAGGAUUUUGGCUGCCUCGGCUUACCGAAUCGCAGGGGUCAGCGCCGCAUCGCCGAGUUUCUGCUGCCGUGGCUCAGGACGAUCCUGCACUGGUAG